AUGGCUCUUCACCACGGCCGCUCUCUUAGUUUCCCAUCUUCAUCCCAUCCUGCUGUCUCACAGUUCGAUGACAACUUAUUCAGAUUGAGGUCAUCAGAAGCUACUUGUUCAUCGCUCUCAUCAUUCAACGCCAAAAUAAAUGGCCUAAGAAACUUGUACGAGAGCAUUGACGAUUUGCUUCUUUUGUCUCACAUUCAACAGAUUGUUUCUGAGGAAUGUGUUGAUGAUUACAUUAAGCUAUUGGAUGCUUGCAGUUCAGUUAAAGAUCUAAUCUCUCUUGCAAAGAAAGAUUUAAGAGAUCUUCUCUCUGCAGUAAGGAGAAAGGAUGUUCAAGGCAUCAACGCCUACCUUGCUUCCAGAAAGAAGUCAAAGAAAAUGAUCCAACAGUGUUUGAAGAACUUGAGACGUAGCGCCUCAGCCACUUCUGAGAAAGAUUCCAUGUUGAAGGAUGCAGAGUUUGUUACGUGUUGGGGCACGAAAGCAAGAGAUCCUUGCUGUCAUAGCUGA